AUGAAGGAUCAUUUUUUACACCCAUUUUCAGAAGAAUGCCACUUCUACUUCAAGGCUAACCCAAAGGUUCCAACAUAUUUGCGUAAUAUGUCUGCUUUAUCUCCAUACGUUCCAGGACAACUUUCCAUGAUCAAUAACCCUGAGAAUCAUGGUCUCAGCACAGUGUGGUUAUUGGCAACUUUAGGCUCUAAAUCGCAUAAGAAACUACUCAGACGUGAUUUAACUUUCAUUUCAAUUCCUAAAACUUGUAAUGUUGUCUUUGAUUCAAAGAGUUGUUUGACUCUCAGAACCACAUCUAACUUGAUGUAUGGUAUCUCCUUGCUUUAUAAACAGCAAAUUGACUGCUUGUUUGGUGAUGUUACCACGAUCAAUAGCCGCCUACAAAGAAGCAUACGUACCAGCGAUAUGACCUACAACAGACAAUUGAAGGCGUUUAUUGGAAAGGGUGGAAGUUCAAUAUUCUCACUGGUUGAUGCUGGAGACGGUUUGCAGCAAAUAUUGUCUGAUGACAAGGGGUUUCUUAUCGAAGAAGAAUUUGCACUUGGAUUUGAUGAUUUGGAACUUUUGCAUAAGCGAAAUGAUGUCAAAUAUCAAAGAAUGGUAGAGUUGCAAAUUAUUGAUAAGAGGAACAAUCAAACACUAGAUUAUGUUUCGACAUUCAUGGAUUCUGAAACCCGGCAAAUGACCCAAAAUUACGAUCCAACUGCAGACUUGGAUAACUUCUUUGGUAUUGGUAGUGAAAACAGUUUUGAUUCGAUCGGUUAUCCAGAGAAUGCUCAAGAAUUGGAUUUUGGUAUCAGUGACGACAAUCGUAGGGCUGAAGCGAAAAACGCUGCUGAUGAUGAUGAUGAUAAUAUCGAAUUAGACUUCACCUUGGCAGAUCUCGAAGAUGUUGAUCCUGAUAUUUUAGAUUUUGCCGAAGGUCCCCUUCUUGAAGACCCUCAUUUCACCACCACUGACUUAGAUAAUUUUAGUAUAAACAACGUUGAACCCAAAGGUAAAAACUCCGUCCAGCAAUCCUUCAAAAGAAGGAGAAUUGAAUACGACGAAGUGAUUCGAUUCAGUUCUGGGGAAAUGAAGGGUUUUUCUCAGCAUUAUGAAGAGCAAAUGACACAGUUAAAGCAAAUGAAGAAGGAAGUCAGCAAUUUGAAAGAACUAAUCACUGAGCAGAGUGCAUUUAAUCCGCCAUUCCUAAAUCUCAUUUACCGGAAUGUAUUUGGAUAUCAGGCUACUAAGGGAAUUCCGGAAAAUAGAUUACCCUAUAGGAGAUUUGGUUUUCAUGAGAAAGGGGAAAAAAAUAAGUUGAUUGAUAAUGACGAACCGGUUGAAUUUGGUAGAAACCAAGCAGCUAGAGAGAAUUAUAUUGAAGAGAGAAUUAGGCAAAGCUCACCGAUUGAAGAAUUACUAGAAGACGAAAUACGUGGUGCGGAUAUAGCUGUUGAUUUAGAUCCAGUGCAAGCAAAUGAUUUCGUUCAUGAAGGAGAUAAUCUGUAUCGAUUUGAGGAAGAAAGCAUUGAUUAUACCCCGGGCGCAAAUCAUCACCUAACCCAAAAGGUUGAGGUUGGUGAAUUGAACAAAGGAUUGACUAAUUUCGUGCAGUACAUGAUCAAACGGAGUGAGGAAUUUGCAACUACGAUCAGCGAAGAAGAAAUUCUGAACAAAAGGCUCAAGAUACCCAGAGUCAUUCAAGAUAAUUUUUUGGAGAAUGAUGAGGGUAACUACCAUAAAAUCAGAAUGAGUGAUCUCAUACCUGCGAAAUCAGUUCAUGUCAAUCGGGGUAAAGCAAGUUUAGCAUUUGUAUCGGUGUUGGAAUUGGCUACUAGGGAUUUUAUGGUAAUUGAAACGGAUCAGGAUGACCCAGUGAAUUUAUUAAAAGGUGACCAUAUUAGUUUGUGUUACCGUUAUUAG